AUGGACCAGUACCGGAAGGUGAGCAAGAUCGGCGAGGGGACGUACGGCGUCGUGUACAAGGCCGUCGACCUCCACAGCAAUGCGACCGUCGCGCUCAAGAAGAUCCGCCUCGAGAGCGAGGACGAGGGCGUGCCCUCGACGGCCAUGCGCGAGAUCUCGCUGCUGAAAGAGCUUGUGCACCCCAACGUCGUCCACCUCCACGACGUGAUCCACCAGGCCGACAAGCUCUACCUCGUGUUUGAGUUUCUCGACCACGAUCUGAAAAAGUUCAUGGACCUCCAAGGCGGCGCCAUGUCCCCGCUCGUGCUCAAGUCGUACGUCUUCCAGAUGCUCCGUGGUAUCGCCUUCUGCCACGCCCACCGCGUCCUGCACCGCGAUCUCAAGCCGCAGAACCUCCUCCUCGACGCCCACGGGACGCUCAAGCUCGCCGACUUUGGCCUCGCACGUGCGUUUGGGAUUCCGAUUCGCAACUACACACACGAAGUGGUGACGCUGUGGUACCGCGCCCCCGAGAUCCUCCUCGGCGCUUCGCACUAUUCGACGCCAGUCGAUACAUGGAGCAUUGGCUGCAUCUUUGCCGAGAUGGUCAACCGCAAGCCGCUCUUUCCUGGCGACUCGGAGAUUGAUGAGCUCUUCCGCAUCUUCCGCGUCCUCGGGACACCGGACGAAGGCAUGUGGCCGGGCGUGAGCUCACUGCCCGACUACAAGGUGUCGUUUCCGCAGUGGCAGCCCCAGCCGUGGUCGGCGAUCGUGCCAGCGCUCGACCCGAUUGGCAUUGACCUCCUCUCGCGCAUGCUCGUGUACGAGCCUCGGCAGCGCAUCUCGGCCAAGCAGGCCAUGAGCCACCCGUGGUUCAACGACCUGCCGCGACAGCCCGCCACGCCCUACUACUAG